AUGUUCCGGGCAAAGAUGCAGCGACUGAAAUUCACACACCAGGACGACUCGGAGAGCGUCUUUCAGCUUCAGAAAAAGAUCUUCAACGAGAAGGCGGCCUCCACGACGACGCUCCUGGUAGAACACCUGGACGCUGAGGGCCUUGCGGUUCUGGUUGCAGCCUUGCCUUCCUACCGCCAGUUGAAAGAGGUGGUCGCGAACGCCACCCCUGAACAUGCCUGGAGGCUCGCGGUGGCUGUGGUGGAGUCUGGCGCGAAGGACGUCCAGAUUGAGUGUGAGAGCCUCCGAGACGAGGAUGCCGUUGAUUUGGCGGCAGCCUUGUCGAGGGAGGACUGCACACACUUGGAGCGGCUGCACCUCAAGUGCACUACCAUUGGAGAGUUGGGUGGCGACGCUCUCCGGCAGAUGUCGGCGCAUCGCAAAGCCAUCUCGAACGCCUCUUGCGACCUCGUGCUCAGCGUGGUGGACCUAAGUCAGAACAGCGCCGGACAAGAACCUGGACAGCAAGCCGCAUGUCCGCACCCUGAUUUCCCUGGGCAGCCGUGCACGAAGAUGCGCAUCCUUGUCUCCAAGCGUAAACGUCUUGAGAAGCCAAUGCCACUGCCUGUGGCCAGUGAUGUGGACUUGCGCAACUUCAGAAGCGGCUCAAGUUUAGACAAGCGGCCAGUGAGCAUCCAUGGUCUCGGAGGUUACGUGGUUGAGGUCGAUGUCGACCCUACAGCGCCAGGCUGGGAGGUGAUAAGAGACGUAGCAGCAAAAGUUGGCCGCCCCGCAGAGUCACUCAUGCUGACCUCCGGCGGCAGAGUGCUCGAUGUGCACCAGCCCCUGCUGCAACAAGUAGGGCAUGAUGACGUCACGUACGUGGUUCGGCACUUUGGCGCGGGCCUUGCCGCAUUGAGUUUUGAGAAAGCACUUGCGCAGAAGGCUUUGGAUCCUGCGGAUGCCAGUGCCCUCGACGAGGUGGUCUUCUUGACCUUUGGCAGCAGGUUUAACCAGAGCUUGCAGAAGGUGAAGCUUCCCGGCGAUCUGCAGACGUUAACUUUUGGCGAAGAAUUUAACAAGAGCUUGGAGGGGGUCCAGCUCCCCAGCAACCUGCAGAACUUGACCUUUGGCAAGAUGUUCAACCAGAGCUUGGAUCAGGUCCAGCUCCCCAGUAGCCUACAGACGCUAGCUUUUGGCGAAGAAUUUAACAAGAGCUUGGAGAAUGUCCAGCUACCCAACAUCCUGCAGACCCUGACCUUUGGCAAGAUGUUCAACCAGAGCUUGCAGAAUGUUCAGCUCCCCAGCGGCCUGCUGACGUUGGCCUUUGGCAGCAGGUUCAACCAGAGCUUGCAGAAGGUCCAGCUGCCCAGCCGCCUGCAGACGUUGACCUUUGGUGGCGACUUGAGUGACUUCAAUCAGAGCUUGGCGGGCGUUCAACUCCCGAUUGGCCUGCAGACGUUGACCUUAGGCUAUUGGUUCAAUGAGAGCUUGGAAGCGGUCCAGCUCCCGUGUGGCCUACGGACGUUGGCCUUUGGCGAGAUUUUCGAUCGGAGCUUGGAGGGGGUCCAGUUAAUCAGUGGUCUGCAGAAUGUGACUUUUGGCAAGAUGUUCGACCAAAGCUUGGAGGGGGUGCAACUCCCCAGUGGCUUGCAGACGUUGACCUUUGGCUACGCGUUUAACCAGACCCUGGCUCGUGUCCAGCUCCCCAGCGGCCUGCAGACGUUGACUUUUGGCAGCAGGUUCAACCAAAGCUUGGAGAAGGUCCAGCUCCCUAGCAGCUUGCAGACUUUAAUUUUUGGCGAGGAAUUCAACCAGACUCUGGCGCGUGUCCAGCUCCCCGGCGAGCUGAAGACAUUGACCUUUGGCAAGAUGUUCAGCCAGAGCUUGGAGGGGGUGCAGCUCCCUGACGGCUUGCAGACGUUGACCUUUGGUGGCGACUUUACUGAAUUCAACCGAACCUUGCAGGGGGUCCGGCUCCCCGGCGGCCUCCGGACGUUCACCUUUGGCAACAGAUUUAGCCAGAGUUUGUUGCAGCGGGUCGAGCGCCGUGCCAGUCUAGCAGAAGCGGCAGAAGCAGAGGAUCCAAGUCUGCCAUCGUGGAAUGGUGGCAUGAUGACCCUUCAUGCGCCGGUCAAUUCUCUCUUGGAAGAAUCGUCAUCACUACCUUCGCAACUGUCUACAGAUGAGGAUGCAGCACUAGCACUGUCACCACUGUCACCAAGCCCGCACGCUGUGGGCGAUCCCAACAACUGUUGGGGCGCCCGGGUGCCUAACACUUUUCUUGAGGCAGAGGCAGAGAUCCACUUCCCCAGCGGCCCAGAGACAUUGACCUCUGGCAACAGGUUUAACCAUAGCUUGGAGAGGGUCCAGCGCAAUCUCUUUCUAUCAGAAACAGUGGACCCAAGUCCGGCCUCGGGGAACGGCGGCAUGAUGACAAGGUCACGAUCCCUUCCGCUGUAUGCAGAUGAGGAUUCAGCACUGUCACCAAUCCAGCACGCUUUUGGCCGGGUGCUUAACCCUUUUCGGGAGGUAGAGGUAGACGUCCACCUUGAUGUCGACCUCCCCAGUGGCCUGCAGACCUUGACCUUUGGCGAGAUGUUCAACCAGAGCUUGGAUCAGGUCCAGCUCCCCAGCAGCCUACAGACGUUAACUUUUGGCGAAGACUUCAACCAAAGCUUGGAGAAUGUCCAGCUCCCCAUCGGCCUGCAGACAUUGACCUUUGGCAAGAUGUUCAACCAGAGCUUGGAUCAGGUCCAGCUCCCCAGUAGCCUACAGACGCUAGCUUUUGGCGAAGAAUUUAACAAGAGCUUGGAGAAUGUCCAGCUACCCAACAUCCUGCAGACCCUGACCUUUGGCAAGAUGUUCAACCAGAGCUUGCAGAAUGUUCAGCUCCCCAGCGGCCUGCUGACGUUGGCCUUUGGCAGCAGGUUCAACCAGAGCUUGCAGAAGGUCCAGCUGCCCAGCCGCCUGCAGACGUUGACCUUGGGCUUCUAUUUCAACCAAAGCUUGGAGGGGCUCCAGUUCCCCAGCAACCUGCAGACAUUGACCUUGGGCUUUAACCAACGCUUAGAGGGGGUCCAGUUCCCCAGCAACCUGCAGACCUUGACCUUUGGCGAGAUGUUCAACCAGAGCUUGGAUCAGGUCCAGCUCCCCAGCAGCCUACAGACGUUAACUUUUGGCGAAGACUUCAACCAAAGCUUGGAGAAUGUCCAGCUACCCAACAGCUUGCAAAGUGUCAGGUUACCAUCGUUGGGUGUCCAGACUUCCUGA